CGACGCCGAACAGAGGCGUCGCGCAGCAUACGAAACUGCGACGCGCAACUCGAUACUCCUGCCGACGCCUCCAACCCUUCUUGCAGGAACCGGUGUCAGAGUCGGCUGGACAGUGCAGAAAUGGCGGACAAAAAACCGGAAAAUCAGUUUUACACGCGACCACCGAAACUGGGCAACUGGGAGGCCUUCAGCAUCUUCCUAUGGAACUCCGAGACCAAACAGUUCUUGGGCCGAACCGGGGCCAGCUGGGCCAAAAUCCUCAUCUUCUAUCUGCUGUUCUACGCGGUGCUGGCCGGCUUCUUCAGCGCCAUGCUGGUGGUAUUUUACCAGACCAUCGACUACAAGAUACCGAAGUGGCAACUGGAAAAAUCGAUAAUCGGAAAAAGCCCUGGCCUGGGGUUCAGGCCGAUGCCCCCAGAGAGCAACAUCGACAGCACACUCAUCUGGUACAAGAGCUCCGAUAAGGGGAACGUGCAACACUGGCAAAGGGAACUGAACAAGUUCCUGAUUCAGUACAACAGGAGCAACAAUGCCCAUGCGGAUAAGCUGGAGGAGUGCAGGCAGUUCCAGACGCCCGCCCCUGGAAAGGUGUGCAACGUGCGGCUGGAUCAGCAGUGGCACCCGUGCGUCAAGGACCAGGGCUACAACUACGACUCCAAGGAUGGAGGGCCAUGCAUUUUCCUCAAACUCAACCGGAUUUACAACUGGAUCCCCGACUACUACAACGCCUCAACGGUGGAUGAGAGGAAAAUGAGUCCUCAAUUGAAGAAGGAGAUUCUGGAAGCCGAGGGCAAAAACCAGCACCAGGUCGUGUGGGUUUCAUGUGAAGGUGAAAACGUGGCCGAUAAGGAGCAUAUAGGCCCAGUCCGGUACAUCCCUCAGAAGGGCUUCCCGUCCCAAUAUUUCCCUUACACGAACCAGGAAGGGUACCUGAGCCCCUUGGUGGCUGUGCACUUCGAAAAGCCCAAGCGAGGAGUUUUGAUCAACAUCGAGUGCAAAGCCUGGGCUAGAAACAUUGUGCAUGACCGAGUGGACCGAAGAGGGUCCGUUCACUUCGAACUCAUGAUUGAUUAAGUGACGAAUUGAGUAGAAGACAACAGAAGGAGGAGGAGGAGGAGGAGGUUUACGUACACAUCCCUAUAUGAUUUCACUGGGCGCCUAACGUAGCGCUUCAAUUCCUCAUUGCGCCUAAUCUACUUAAAACAAAUAGACUAUGAGUGUGAAGCGAGGAAAAGUGGUGCUUAACUCAAAGCAGCAAAGUACUUAGAUUGUUUCGUGUUCACUCUGUAAAUACUCGCUUGAACAAGCUCAAAGUACUCACUACUUUAGAUCAAGCAAUCGCUUUUGUAUGUAUGUUACGGAAUUUAUUCUCCUCGUUGGUGAUUUAAGGGCCAGCCCGUCUCAACAACAGGGUUUUCCGCGGGAAUUUCGCUCUGACUGUUGCUCAGACGGGCCCAAUUUCACUGUUAUAAUGUUAGACAUUUAAAUUAACUCUAUUUAAACAAAUAGUAUUAUAAAUAAGAAACCAUUGUUAUUAAUUAUGAUAGGAUUUAGGCGUUCUAGGCAACAAGCUUCUCCGGGGGAAAGUUUCGCUAAUCGGAUACCGUAACUAUCAGGCAAUAUCGAUAACGCACAAAGCUCGCAUUGGACUGAAGCCAAGUGUUGUUUAACGUAAAACCCAACCCCCGGCAUUACGUUACUCCGAUCUAUAAAUACGUCGCUUUUAACCUUCUAGAAUACUCUAUAUGUACAAUACUUGCUAGAAUUAUCAGUGUAACUUCAAUAAGGACAUGGAUGGGCUUUGAAUUGAAGCCAGUAACGCCCGUUUCUUCAGUAGAAGGUGCCACCAGAGCCACGUGUAGGCGCAUGUUGUUAAAUCUUAACCUCUUCUUGUUAAUACACUGAACCGACUUUACUUUCCUGUGGCUGUAGAGGAGUUUUUUAUCGUUAACUACAACACUCUAGGGGCAUUAAUGUAGCUAAUCGAUGGAUUUGCGUAGGGAUGAACUAGAGAGAUAAAUAUGUAAAUGUUUCCAAACACCA